AGCUGCCGUUUAACUCUGAUUGGUCAGUGCGUCAUUCGCCAGGUCACGUGAUUUGGGAAAAAGAAAACAUGGCCGCUCAGACGUACAACGUUAAUUUGACAGCUACGCAGGACUGUAUUCUUGAGCCGCUUUGUUUCCCUGAGGACCUGUGUGGAAGCGUUUCUCUCACCUCCUCCAGCGAUGGCCGUCCGGUGACCUGUGCGCUCUGUUCAGACUCUAUUCCUGCUUCCGAUAAAGAGCAGCUUCUCAAGCACAUGGUGUUGGAUCACAAACUGGUUAUCGCCGAUGUCAAACUCAUCGCUGACUUUCCACGGUACGUGUUGUACUGGAAGAAACGGUUUACAGAACAGCCCAUCACAGACUUCUGCAGUGUUAUCAAGACCAACUCUGAAGGUCCUGUAGAACAACAAGAGCACUACUUCCUAUUGUGUGAUGCUCUGCCAGAGGACAGGAUCCUUAGGGAGCAGCUACAGCAGAGACGACUGGAGGAAGUUCUGGAUCAGCAGCAAAAAGAGAGGGAUGACACAACGUUUCACCGCACGUGUAUGUUCUGCAAUGAGGAGUUUACUGGAAACAGGUCUUCACUGCUGAAUCACAUGGCUAAAGAACACUCUUUCAGCAUCGGUCUGCCUGACAACAUCGUCUACUGCAACGAGUUCCUCAACACUCUGGAGGGGAAGCUGGAGAACAUGCAGUGCCUGUACUGUGAGAAAACAUUCAGGGACAAAACCACCUUGAAAGAUCACAUGAGGAAAAAGCAGCAUCGUCGAAUAAACGCCAGAAACCACGACUACGAUCGCUUCUAUGUCAUCAAUUACCUGGAGUUGGGAAAGACUUGGGAGGAGGUGCAGUCUGAAGACGACAGGGAGCUCUUUGAGGAUGAAGACGACGAUUGGUCAGAUUGGCAGGCUCAUCCCGUGUGUGGCGUCUGUCUGUUUUGUGAGCAGCAAGCAGAAACAAUGGAGAAAAUUUACACACACAUGAAGGAGACUCAUGAGUUUGACCUGCACAAAUUAAAAACAGACUUGAGUCUGAAGUUUUACCAGCAGGUGAAACUGGUGAAUUACAUCCGCCGUGAGCUUCACCAGUGCCGAUGCUACUGCUGUCAGGAGAAGUGUGAAAGCAAAGAGGAACUAGUUCAACACCUGCUCAACGCGGGUCAUGUGAUGCAGCUGCCUGACGUCUCGCUCUGGGACCAACCACAAUACUACUUUCCUACAUACGAGAACGACGCUCUUCUUACAGCUCUGUCAGACAGCGAGAGUGAAUCUGAGGGUCCAAAUCCCAGCUCUGACGUUCCCGUUAUUGCUGAAGACAUUUCAAACCUCAAGGUUAUAAAACAGACCAGCGUGCUGAAUAAACUGCUCAAAGACAGAGGCGGUUCUAACUAAAGAUGAGGGACGCCCAGAGAAUUAUGCCCAAUUAUGUGUGAAAGAGGAAUGUUUCUGUUCAUGUGGGUUUACGGUAUAUUGACAAUAAACUUUAUUUAUUUACCUAUGUCAUAGCUUGA